AUGCGCGUAGGUGACGAAGGCGAGAGCUUUGUGACAGUUGAGUCGUGCGGGGACGAGUUCCUCGCCAUGCUCGCUGACCUCGCGGACGAGGCGGACGACUCCGCGGACGCGCAGGCGGAGGUGGAGCGGGAGGGGGAGGGGGAGGGGGAAGAGGGGCAGUGCCGCGAUCUGGACGAUUUGGGCCACGUGGCAAUCGAGCUGGAUGAUGAUGAUGAUGAUCUCGAGGGUGAUCCAGUGGACGCAUGGCUCUGGACAAGGCUGGGCGGUACGGGAGAUGUAGGUGGCUUGAGUGGGAGAGAGGGCGGUGCAGUGCGGCGAAGAGCAGUGCAGGGCGAGGAUGUGAGGUGCAAGCGAGUGGGGGUGGAAGGCGGGUCUGCUAUUACUGAUGGUGCGGGGAGGUUGCGAGAAGGGACCGAGGCCAGGGGGCAAGGAAAUGGGGUAGCGACAGAGAGGGACAGAGGAGGAGAGGAGGGGGGUUCAGAAAUGGGGAGGAGCGAGUGGGAGAGACAGCCAUGGGCGUGGGAAGAGUUGGGGGAGGCCAUGGAUCUAGGUCUGGAGGAUGAUGGGCAGACCGAUGGGUGGUCCUGGCAUCCGCAGCAGCAGCCGCUGGGAGAAAACAUCACAAGAGUCGGUGGAGGCAACGGCGCCCACACUCCCCAUCCACACGUCCCCAACGCUACCCCUUCCUCCUCCGCUUCCCCAUAUCCCUCUCCGCCCCCAUCAUCCCUAGCACCACCCCUACCACCAUCCAAAGCGCCCCCACUAUCAUCCCAAGCGCGGGCAUCAUCAUCAUCAGCGGCAGCAGCAGCAUCAUCGUCUGUGUUGCUGUACCACGAGGCACUGCAGCUGGACCAGGUGGCUCUCGCGAGCGCUGCCGUGUUUGGCCACCGGCGCCUGAGGGACGGGCAGCGGCACGCGUGCGAGGCUGCUCUGGCGGGCCGAGACGUCUUUGUGCUCAUGCCCACUGGCGGGGGGAAGAGCCUCUGCUACCAGCUCCCAGCGGUGCUCUCCCGCGGUGUGACCGUCGUGGUCUCCCCCCUCCUCGCGCUCAUCCAGGAUCAGGUCAUGGCACUCGUGCACCACCACGGUGUGCCCGCCGCCUUCCUGUCCUCCGCCCAAACAGCAGUGCAGGCAGCCGCGGUGGCUCGGGAGCUGCGCAAGGCGGUGCCGUCGUGCAAGCUGCUGUACGUCACGCCUGAGAAGCUCAUGGGCAGCGCCGCCCUGCAGAGCAUCCUGCGCGGCCUGCACUCCCGGUGCUCUUUCUUGCACGCCCUUUCCCCCACGCUGCUUGCCUAUCAACUCACGGCCGUCUCCUUGCGCACUUCGCCCCUGUGCGUGUAUGGCAUGAUGGCAGGGCAUGUCGUUGAUGCGCCUCACAACCACACCCUCCCUCUGCCCAUGUGCGUGCAUGGCAGGGUAUGCUGGCUCGCUUCGUGGUGGAUGAGGCCCACUGCGUCAGUACGUCCCCUUCACCAUUCCCUCGUCCCCGUCCCCGCGUCCCCGCGCACUUUCAUGUCAUCCCAUGUCCGCCUGCCACUCAUUCCCCUCCUCUCCCCAACCGCCCUUCUUCCUCCAACCACUUUCCCCCUCCCCUCCCUUCCCAUAUCCCCACCUCCACCCUUUCAUGCUCCACCUCCCCUUCCGCCACCCACUUCUCUCCCAUUUCCCCCCAUCCUCUCCCCCAGCCAGUGGGGGCAUGACUUUCGCCCGGAGUACCGCCAGCUGGCAUCGCUGCGCACUCUCUUCCCCGGCACGCCCUUCCUCGCCCUCACCGCCACCGCCACCCCCGCCGUGCAGAAGGACAUCACAUCAGUGCUGCGCUUCCCCCCAUCAUCAGCGCACAUAGCCCUCUCGUUUGACCGGCCUAACAUCAGCUACACUGUGCUGCCCAAGCACCCCGCGCACCCCCUCGCACACCUCGCCGCUCUCGUCUCCGCGUGCUUCCCCCCGUCCGCAACUGGUAUCAUCUACUGCCUGUCCAAGCGCGAGGCUGAGAGCGUCGCGGAGUAUCUGCGCUGCCCCCCGCACCUGCGCCCCGACGCUGCAUUCGGCAUGGGCAUUGACAAGCCUGAUGUCCGGUUUGUGAUCCACAACAGCAUGUCCAAGUCUCUCGAGAACUUCUACCAGGAGUCAGGCAGGGCGGGCAGAGACGGGCUGCCCGCCAGCAGCAUCGUGCUCUUUGCCCGCCGUGACUUCUCCCGCGUCGCCUGCCUCCUGCGCCGCUCCGCCUCCUCCGCUGCACGCGCUGCUGGCAGGGGUGGGGGCGGUGGUGGGGCGGCUGGCAGGGCAGCGGCAGUGAGGAGGAUGCAGGAGGAGAUAAAGCGCGCGCGGGAAAUGGCGGCGUUCUGUGAAGAUAAGUCCAAGUGCCGACGGCAGCAGCUGCUAAGCUACUUUGGAGAGCAGCAGGCGUGUGGCACGUGCUCCCCUGAGUCCAACCCCUGCGACCACUGCCGCAACGGGCACGCUCCGGGGGUGUUCGUAGGGGCAGUGGCAGCAGGACAGCGGGUGGAGGCAGGAAAGGCAAGCAGCAUAGCCGAGCGGGGAAGCGGCAACAGCCGAGGAAGUAGCAGAUGGGAAGAACGAUGCUGCUAA